AAGCCAUCCUUCCAACAGAAGUUCUUUCCUAUUCAUUCCCACUCCCUGAGAAGAUGCUUCCAGGGAGGAUCUUCUGCCUGGUCCUGGUCCUGUGUGCAGUGGGCACAGCCUGGGCAACUAAAACUGAAGGAAGCUUCCUAGCUGAAGGAGGAGGUGUUCGAGGUCCUAGAGUUGUGGAACAUGUCUCCUCUUCCUGCAAAGAAGGCGACUGGCCCUUCUGUUCUGAUGAAGAUUGGACAUAUAAGUGCCCUUCUGGAUGCAGGAUGAAGGGGCUGAUCGAUGAAACCAAUGAAGACUUCACUAAUAGAAUCACCAAGAUCAGAAACUUGUUGUUUGAUUAUCAAAAGAACAAUAAAGAUUCUAGCUCAGUGACCAGGAACAUUGUGGAGAUUCUGAGAGGGGACGCAGCCGGUGACUACAAUAAUGAUAAUGCAUUUAGCCAAGUGUCCGAAGAUCUGAGGAGAAGAAUUGAAAUCUUGAAGCGCAAAGUGACUGAACAAGUACAAAAAAUCGUUUCUCUGCAGAACAAUAUCCGUAAUCAGCUAGUGGAGAUGAAGCGACUUGAGGUGGACAUUGACAUCAAGAUCCGAUCCUGCAAAGGGUCAUGCAGUAGGUCUUUAGCACGUGAACUCAACAUAAAGAGCUAUGAAGAGGAACAGGGGCAACUCGAGCAGGUGGCAGCCAUCAACUUAUACCCCAGCAAAGAGGUCCAGUACUUGCCCAACUUGAAAAUUCAGAUUUCAAAAGAUCUGAUUCCUGGGAAGUUCAAAAGCCAACUUCAGGAAGCUGCCCCAGAAUGGAAAGCAUUAAUAGAAAUGAAACAGAUGGAAAUGGUGUUGGAGACGUCAGGCAGAGAUAGGAAUUCCCCAGCAGGUGCCUUGCCUUCUGGAACAGGCUUGGAGCCUGGAAGCACCAGACCUGGAAACUAUAAACCGGAAAGUCCUGGGAGUGGAAUUUCUGGAACCCAGAAUCCUGGAGCCACUGGAUCAUGGCACAGAGAGAACUCUGGAUCUGAGAACUUUGGGCCUGACAGCUCAGGGCAUGUGGGCUAUGGAACUGGGAGCUUCAGGCCGGACAGCUCAGGGCAUGGGAGCUCUAGGCCUGCAAACCCAGAUUGGGGUCAUCAAGAUUGGAGCAGAUAUGAAGAGUCAUCAGUGGGUGGGAGCUCAACUAGAGGCGGAGGUUUCCAGACCGGCAAACUUGUUUCUGGAGGAGAUAAAGAGUUUGUAGUGAGUAAAGAAAAGGCCGUAUCUGGUGCCACCACCACCACACGCCACGCAUGUUCCAAAACUAUCACCAAGACCAUUUUGGGUCCUGAUGGCAGAAAGGAAGUAACCAAAGAAGUGGUCAACUCAGAGGAUGGUGCUGAUUGUGGUGACAUACCAGAUUUUAAUUUUGAGCAUCCUGAGAAAGGCUCAUUAUCUUUCACUGGCAUAGGUAGCCUAGAUGAAUUCCAUCGUCUACAUCCUGAACAUGCUGAAUUCUUCAGCACUGGAUCAUCUGGGACCAGAUUCCACAGUUCAAGCCACCGAGGGGAUUCUAGCUAUGUCUCAGAGACAUCCCCAGGAUCUGACAGUAAGGUUUCAGGAUCACAUCUGGAUGAUGGAGACACUGAUGACUUAAGCUCAUUUCACUUUGGGGAGCCUGUCUUUUCCCCUGAAGGUGAGGAGAGAGUAAGUCACAAAGCAGUAGUAUCCAGUAGCAAGAUUUUCACCAAAGGAAGCAAGCUCUUGAAAAUGGCGGACGAAGGUGAUGGGGAGAUCCACAGAGAGGAAAGCACAUUCAUCAAAGUCCGUAGUAGCAAAGGAAGUCAUGGUAGAACCCGCAGUACCCGAGGUACCCACAAACUCUUCUGAAACCCAAUUUUGAGCUAGCCCUCUCAAAUACUUCCAAUGCUAGCCCAGGUAGAUAAAUCUAACAUUCUGAAUGCAUAGUGGUGAGUGCCCCUUUCCACACCCCCUUCCCAUUUCACUGAUCAGUCUUUGCAUAUGUCUCAGUUAACAUUUAGAACAGGUAGGAUAAUAGGGGGAAAAAGCUACAAAACUGUAAUAAUAAGUGAUCUUUAAAUGUCAUCACUGCUGGUCAAAUACCACUUACCAUGAUAUUCAAAUAAAGCUUUGAUUUUCCUCUGAGGAAAACCCUA